AUGGCGACCGACCUCGAGGAGGCGGAACUCGCCCUUAAAUCUGCUCGCAACAAACUACAUGCCAAGAAGGCGAACGUCACUGGAACGAGUCAAAGGAAGACCCGCUCUUCUGCCUCUGCCGCAGCCUCGCGUGGAGUCGCUUCCGCUACUGUGGCAGCCAAAGCAGCAGCCAAGGCGAAAGCAGUGCGAGUCACUGUGAGGUGGGCCGACCAGGAUAAGAAAUUCUUGACCGACCGCGUUGUCGGCGAGCUCAUGACCCACGCCUCGUAUUGCCAGGCCUUCGGUCUCGACAAGUGCGGCGAGGUUGCCAACUCUGGCGGGCUCAAACCCCUCGACUUCGCGCGCAAGAUUGCGGUCGUCGUGUUCAAAGACCAACCCGACUACAAGGAUAAGCCUGCUAAGUCCCUUGCAACAGUUAUCAAUACUCGCAUCAAGAAUUUGAAGAAGCUGCACACCCAGCAUCGGAUGAAGCUCGGUGAAACUGGUUAUGGUCUUGUGGCCGAUGGUCACGCCGACCAGUUGCACAGUGACCUCGCGAACGUCUUCGAGAGCAUCAAGAUCUCCUUCCCGUGGUUCAACGACAUGUCCAUUAUGCUUCGUCGCUCUCCCUCGUUCAACAGCACUGCGAUCUCGAACAGCAACUCGACUGUUGACCUCUCCCCCCUCAAGACGAAGAAGGUAUCCUCCGCUGCUGCCCUGGACUCGGACGACUCAGACGACUCGGACGACUCGGAUGCCGAUUCCGACUCUCCCCGUGCGAACAAGGGUGGUCCAUCGGACACCGAGUCUGUCAAAACCGCGGACCUCCCAGAAGAUCAACAACUUCUCGCUCUGGAUCCGAUCAGCCCGCCUCGUCCCCGUCCGACCACUCCGCGAGCAUGGUCUUCAUCUCCACUUGGUGUUCGCUCGCCUCUUGCCUCCUCGCCUAAUCGGCAUGAUGUCCCUACGCCUCGUCAUGGCAAUGGCCGCGAGCGCAAUGUCGGGCCAUAUGAGGAGGAGGAGGACAAAGGCGAGGACGACGACGAGGACGACGAGAAUAAUUUCCCAGAGGUUCCAACCCCUCCUCCAAGUCCUCGUCGCAAGAAGCGUCGCUCGUCAGCAGCAGAGUCGGGUCCUCGUAAGCUUGCGAAGGGUCCUGCGCCACUCGCCGCACCCUCGUUUACCGCUCCGUCAACUUCGGUUCCCAUGGGCAGCAAGAAGCGCGACUUCUUCGGCCAGCUCAACGAGCGUGCGACCGAGGAUCGCAAGGCUCGUUUGGAUAUGUGGGAGAUUGAGAAGGAUGCUGAUGUUAAGAAGAGUAAGGAUAGAAGUCGGACGAAGAUUGAGCUCCAGAAGUUGAAGAUCGAGGAGCAGCGCCUUCGCCUCCAGGCCAAGGCCGCGGAUGCCGAGAGAAGGGCUGCGGAGGCCGGGAGGCAGCGCGCGCAUGAGCUUCAUUUAAUGAACCUUCGUCUACAGGCUUUUGCUGGUCACUCGUCGUCGUCAAAUAUUCCCCCGUUUCCCCCUCCGCCCCCAGGUACACAUCAUUUUGCGCUCGACCCCCAUCUUCAGUUCUAA